AUGACCACACAUUACCCCCGGCAGGAGUUCACAUCCAAGGCCAUGAACGGAGCUGAGAAGAAGCUUCCACGGGUCAACAUCAACCUGCAGGAGUCCAUCGCCCACCUGCAUCCGCUCCAGAGGCAGCACGCCAUCGAGCUCCACCGACAGCAGCAGCAGCAGCAGCAGCAGCAGCAGCCAAAGUGUCCGCAGGUGCAGGCGUCUCUGUCGACGUUCACCACCUGCACCGUGCCGGCGUCCUGCCGAGCUCGCAGUCGUUUCCUCAACCUGCGAGACAGCGUCAAGAAAAGCCCGACCAAGAGUACCGCUAAAGUGGUCGGCAGCAGCCUCGCAGCAAGCAGACCGGAAAUACCCUGGAUUGUUCAGCAGGCCGAGGCCACCCCGCCCUCCUCUCCCAUAAUCCCUGUGAUCCCGGUCUCGCCAAUCGCAGCCGAGACCACCAUCAUCCCUCCGACGUCACAGGCCAACCCUCCCCCUGUGGUGGUCAACACAGACAGCCUGGACACGCCUCCAUAUGUGAACGGGACGGAGGCUGAUUACGAGUACGAGGAGAUCACACUGGAGAGGGGUAACUCGGGACUGGGCUUCAGCAUCGCGGGCGGCACAGACAACCCCCACAUCGGCGAAGACCCGAGCAUCUUCAUCACCAAAGUCAUACCUGGAGGAGCCGCCGCUCAGGACGGACGGCUAAGGGUCAACGAUGUCAUCCUGAGAGUUAACGAGGUGGACGUUCGGGAUGUGACCCACAGCCGAGCUGUGGAGGCUCUGAAGGAGGCCGGCUCGCUGGUGCGACUCUACGUCCGCAGGAGGAAACCCGUCUCGGAGAAAGUGAUGGAGAUCAAACUGGUGAAAGGCCCCAAAGGUCUUGGCUUCAGUAUAGCAGGCGGCGUGGGGAACCAGCACAUCCCGGGCGACAACAGCAUCUAUGUCACCAAGAUCAUCGAAGGAGGAGCUGCACAUAAAGACGGGAGGCUGCAGAUCGGAGACAAACUGCUGGCUGUGAACAGUGCUUGCCUGGAGGAGGUGAGCCACGAACACGCCGUCACUGCCUUGAAAAACACUCCUGACGUGGUCUACUUGAAAGUGGCUAAACCCAACAGUGUCUUCAUGAACGACAGCUUCGCCCCGCCCGACCUCACCAACUCGUACUCCCAGCACAUGGAGAACCAUAUCAGCCCCCCCAACUUCCUGGGUCAGUCCCUCCCCCCACCAGCAUCCUCGGGACGCUACUCCCCGACCCCGAAGAGCAUGCUGGGAGACGACGAUGUCACCCGGGAGCCCAGGAAGGUGGUGCUGCACAGAGGAGCAACAGGACUGGGCUUCAACAUCGUGGGCGGGGAGGACGGGGAGGGAAUCUUCAUCUCCUUCAUCCUCGCCGGAGGACCAGCUGAUCUCUGUGGAGAGCUGAGGAAAGGAGACAGACUCGUCUCUAGGCGAGGGUUAUUCUCUGAAGCACCCCAGGCUGGGCCAACGGUUCAGGAGCCGUCCUCUCCGAUUAGGGCUGCUCAUCAGCCCUUAGAGAGUGGAGUCUGA